AUGGCAGAAGCACCAAAUGAAGUUUCUAUGAACAUAGAAGCUAUAGAGGCCAGUGAUGAGGUUUCAUUUCCAGGAAAGAAGAAAUUCAAAUUUAAAGCUUUAAGGAGCUUUUUUGUUAAGAAGAAGAAAAAAGACUCUGAAGAGAGUCCUUCCCAACGAGGGAGGAGGCUGCAAUCCAGCCUGUCCAGCAGCAAUAUUAGCAUCUCAUGCCUGAAGGCAGCUGAGGAAGCUUCGCCAAAUGAGCCUGGGGUGAAGACAACCUUGGGGAGCAAAGCUCUGUCCCAUGACAGCAUCUUUAUGUUGGAGCCUGAGCUUGAAAGAUCAACAAAUAAAAAAUACUCCACUCCGGAGACCCAAAAAAGUAUACCUCAGCAGAAAGCUCAGGCUUCCAGAACUUUGCCUAGAAUUGGAACUGUUGGUAUGCAUGGAGCUGAUUAUGAAGCUAUGGCCCUGUAUUCACCCAGAAGUGGAGUCUGGCGUUCAGGUUCUCCGAUCCCUGAGACCCUAGUACUUCGCCCACGCCAACAUAGCACCAGCCCACCAAUUAUGAGGUCUCAUGAAAUCUCUAAGGACUUGGAACCAAUCUCUAUUGAGGAAGAGUCAUGUAAGAGUGUACUAAAAAAGACUUCGCCACACAAGUUGUUGGCAUUGAAAAGGAACUCCUCUGAGGAACCUUCUGGACCAGUUUGCUCACAUUUCUUGACCACAUUUGCUAUGAUGAGCUCUCCCAGCAGCACUCGGCCCGCUAGCUUUGGUACCCCAGCCACCACCAUGAGCCAUUUGGAUUCUUCAGCUGCUCAACAUGAGAUGAUUUUAAAUCCCAGUGAAUAUAAGAAACCCCUACCACCUGCAAUUCCUGGAAUAAGAGACCUGGAAAUCAACUCAGAAGAUGAAGUACAACCUUUGCAAAAUGCUCCUGAGGAAGUGGUGAAAAUAAAACAGGAGGAUCAAAACUUUCAACUGUUUGCUGAAGAAGAGAAAUUUGCAACCAAAUCAAAACAAGAUGAGCAAAUGAAGACACGAGAUUAUGGUACAGAAUCCAUCAGCCUGGAACAGUGUGACAAAGCAGAGCUUUCUGAAAAGACCACAGAACAAGAUGCUGCUAGAAUUCCAGACUACCCAUCAUCUGAUCCCAUUGGACAAGUGCAUGGAAGAAAAGACUCGAGUGCUUCUGGAACAAAUGAGAGUGAAUCCACAGGAAGAUGUUUUCAACAGUCUAGUCUAGGACUUGACAUCAAUGAUGAAACUGGAUCUCUACCUGCUGAUAAGUGUUCUAGUGACAUGCUUUGGCACAUGUUCAUGGAGAAGUCAAACCUGAGUCCACCCACCACUAUACCAUCAGAGGCCACUACUCCUCAAGAAUUGAUCUCAGAUAAAGAUCAUAUGGGAGGGCAAAAUUAUAGCCUGGAUUUAGAAUCCACAAAAGCAUCAGCACCACAAAUUAUGUCUGAAGAUGUAAAGGAGUCUAUGAUUCAAAGCUCACCUUCCUACUUUGGAAAUAAUAAUUCUGUAAUUGAGAAAACAACAAAAGAAACCAAAGAAUCUCUUUUAUCAAUGAUAGACAAUCUAUCUGCCAAUCAAGAAGACGAUGUUGUCCCCAUGGCAAUGGAGGAACAAGUAUCUGAGGAGUCUUCUCACUUCCCCUCAGAAGAUGUAACUGCUUCCAGCCUUGAUUUCCCAAGUAUCCAUUUUAAAAUGGAAUCAGUUCAAGAUCUUCCAUCUCUCUUCAAAGAAAAACCUACUGGGAGCCUUUUUUAUGCCUUUCCAAGAAGGGUUUCAAGCAUAAGCAGUGCUUUAGCCGAGGAAGACAUUUCCACAGAAGAGCCUCACGUGACCUUUUCCUGGUCCUCAGAAAAGCAUGAUGAUGAUGAUGAUGAUGAUGAUGAUGAUGUGUUUUUGGAUCCCAUCUGUGCUUCAAAGGAAGGGGAUAGCAAUCACAGGCCGCUGACUCCUGGAUAUUCCUUCCACUCCACACAGAUAGUUCCAGAUGAACCAGAAGUCUCUUCAGAUUUAGAAGAGUUUUCUAUUCCCCCAAAUACCUCUGAGAAGCAGAUGUCUACCAAAGUUUAUGCCCAACCCAUUGAGAAGUCCCAGGCUGAGGACAUCCUGGUCAAAUCAGAGAGCUUUACAGAAGAAGGGACUGAUUCUGAUCAGCUGCUGAGUCUCGGAUAUACUAUCUCAUACUUGGUGAAGUCUGAAGAGGACCCAGGAGUCUUCACAGAAUCCAAAGGUUCUGAGAAAGCAAGCACUCCUGAGGAGAAGCUGACUCCCACAGGCACCUCCCAGGCUUGGGUAGAGGCUGAAGAAGUUUUCACAGAAUCGAAUAGUUUUGUGGAGAAGUACAAUAGUGCUGAAGAUUGGAGCAGCUCAGAGGAAGGGGUGACUUCCAAACCCCCUUCUGAAACUUCAGAGAAGUCUGACGGCCAAGAGGAAAUUAGCUCUAGUUUAAUGAACCUACCUGAUAAGGAAAGUGUCUCUAAAAAGCAGCUUACUUCCACAGACCCUUCUCAACUGACUGAGAGGCCCACUGCUCAGUGUCAGCACUCUUCCAGCUCAGUGAGUGCUUCUGAAGAAAAGAUUGUGCUUGAGGAACCUCCCAGUCAGCCAAUUCAGUCUGAGGUGAGCACCCAAAUUGAGAAACAAGCCUCUUUGGAGAUAACAGUUGAGUGUGGCAUUGAUACAGAGAAUCUGAUUCCUGAAACCAUUCUGAAGCACCCCAUUGGGCCAAAAACAGAGGAAACAAUCAUAUCAGAUGUGGAAAUAAUGCCUCUAGAAGAGAUCACUUCUGUGGAACCACUGUCAGCAGAAGACCCUCCUCAGUCCUCCUUGCAAGAGGAAGUCAAGCCAGAAAUUUCCACAGGUACAGAGAGCACAGAUGUUGAAGAAAGGAUCUCUCCAAAUAUUCCGCUGCCCAAAAUUUCACCCCAAUCAUUUGUUGGACUGGAUGAGAAAACAGAAGUCCUCUGGGAUGCAAAAAAUUCCCUGGGGGAGAAGACCCCUUCUCAGUCACAGCUCUCGGAGAAACCUCUUGUCAAUCUCCAAUGCUCUGCAGAUUCAGAUAGCAGAGUAAAAGAGGAGAGCAUUUCUGAUGAGUCCCCCAGACUCCCUUCACAGUCCUUGGUGAGCCCAGAAGUUGAGCCAAAAUUUCCCAUUGAAGAAAGACCAGUGGUUGAAGAGAAGAGUUCUCUGGUGGCAUCGCCUCCUAAAAUUCCUCUCAAGUCAUUGUUCAGCCCUACAAAACAGGAGGAUAUUCUGUCAGAUUUGGAGGAGGAUGCUGCAAAGAAAACCAGUCCAAUGGAGCCAGUGAUCCCUACUUAUUCUUCAGUUGAACACAACUCCCAGAGCACAUUUGCUGAAAAGAGCAAGUUAAUAGAGAGGUUGCUGCCUAGGUGGCCAAUCCCACCUUGUGGAAAGUCAAAACCCCAGCCAUGUUCACCCCCACGCCAAAUGACGAAGGUUUCUGCCAAAUACAGCAGCUCUAGGGAGCCAUUGCCUCCCUGCAGCCCUGUUCCAUCGUGGAAGAGCCCAAGACAUAAGCAGCUGACAUACACAGUUACUGAGUUCAAGGCAAUCAAAACAGAGGCACAGGAGAGUAUUUGUUCGGAGACACCAACUUCCGAACACUAUUUGAAGACCUGGGAGAACUUAUUUUGUGAACAUUCCUCUCUAUGUCCAAAGAAAAUUGCUGAGGAUUGGGGCAUCUCUUUUGAUCCACUGCCACCCAGAACACGUUCUUCAACCUCAGUGAGGUCACGCAUUGCUCGAGCAAUCACCUCAAGUACCAAGAUUGCUUCUUCACAGUGGCUUAAGUCUGAGAAACCAAUGCCUCCUAGGUACACCGUCCAACCCUGGGUAAGCACCAAACCUGAGAAGAAAGGCUUUGCAACUGCAGAGAGAGAUGUGGAGGAAAGGGACACACCUCUGGAGCAGAUGAAUUCUGGAGCCCCUGUCAAGGUCACCAUGAAACCAACAGUCAAACAAACCAUGGAAGCAUGUCCAGAGAGUACUACCAAGGAGAGGGCAAUACCAACAGAGAACCUGCCUCCCAAACAACCCUGGUGCAUGAUAAAACGGAAAUUCCAGCAAGCCUCCUCUGAUUUUGAGAGCUUGUCCAAGGAGGCAGUUUCUGAAAAGAUUUCUGAAAAAUCCGUGCUUCCCAAAUAUCCAAUCCAGUUCUCAGUGAGGCCAAAAGUGCAGGAAAUGUCCAGCCAUCCAGGAACGGCUGCAGUAGAAGGAGGCAAGCUGUCCUCCAGACAGCCUUCCCAGUCAUUUGUGAAGUACAUGGCCCAACAGAUCUUUUCAGAGGGUCCUUCCACCACAGGAGGAGCUCGCGGUCAUCCUUCAGCCGCAAAUAAGCCUUCCAAAUUUUUAUUGAAAUCAAAAGUGGAACACCCAGUUAGCUCAAGUUGGGAGACUGCUGACGAAAACAUUUCUACCAAGCAGACACGGGCCUAUCAUCCUUUAAAGUCCUUGGGAACAUCUGAAGACCUCCAUGAAGUCUGUCCACCAGUGGAGAGUCCUUCAGCUAAGUGGGGCACUGCUAGAGCGAAGCCGCCUCUUAAACCUCUUCCCCAGGCCUUGGGAAAAGCUGAGAACCAGCAAGAUGAGAAGUCUAUUGAAGAAAGGAAGAGUUCUGAGGAGAAGAAGCCUCCCAGAUACCCUUUCCUAGCUGAAAAUAAAGCUGGUUUGCAGUAUCAAAAGUUCCCCAAAGGCUCCAUGAGUUCCAUCUCUGGUGCCGAGGAGCAGUUGUCUCCCAAAAACCCUUGGCAGGUAGUAGGAGAACCUGAGCCUCAACAACCAGUUCAUUCCAAAGCCAUGGGUCCUGCUGCUGAUGGAGUCAAAUCUGAGGGCAAUCUUAGCAGUUGGUCCCUACCAAGACCCCAAUUUUCACCAAGCAAAGUCAGGAAACAGUAUCACAGCUCUGAAGACAUCCUUAAGAACAUCCAUACUCUUGCUUCCAAAGCUGUGAAAUUCUCCCUUCCACCAACGAGUGAAACACCCUCUUCUGGCAGCAUUUACUCUAAGGAAGUUCUGAAGUGGGAUAAUGGAAAUAAAGGCAGUGGUUCAGAGCUUUCCACCCACAAAAAUGAUGUUGAAACCCUAUUUGGAGUCAGGCUGAGAAAAACCUCACAGAAGUACAAGAGCGACAAGCUAGAGGGCUAUUCCAGUUUUCCUUCAUCAUCCAAAAGCCAAGUUUCAUCGCCAAUUGCUCAAGAGCAGCAAAUAAAAAGAAGUGUCUCCCAGGGGUACCUACCGACCUCAGAGAACCUCACCAAAAUAUCUAGCUUCGGAGAGAAGCCACACAGCAGACAUAUACCUGAAAGCAUGACCAAGAAGCAAGACCAAUACAAGAUUCCAGCAAAGACUCAUACUCAAAAAUCAGAUCAUGUCUGCUCUGAGCCAACUUGGAUGACCAUGGUAAGGCAGAGACAGAAGAUUUUCCAAGAAGAGCUGUCAGUGAAAGAACCAAAGUUUAAGAGCAUUGAUGAAGCCAAAGUUGAAGCCAAAUAUGGGAGAGUUGGAGCUUCAAAUAUCCAAUCAGCCAAGAAGGUUUACCUUUCUCCCUUUGCUGACACAGAGCAGAAGAUGGCAUUCGUGAAGCAACUCAAGUCUACCUUGGCAGCAGGACUUGAAGAGAAAAGGGUUUCUCAAGUAGGUGACAUGAGUAAAGAAGCAAGAAAGUCUGCAACUCUCCCAGCGAAGCUCCAGCCUGCUGAUUCAGCUGAGCCAGCCUGGUUCUCGAUGGCCAAGAAGAAAUCCAAAGCAUGGAGCAAUAUAAGUGACAACGUGCAAUAA